AUGAAAGGAAUCCUCUGCUCUCUCGCGAUAAGCAUUCUCCAGGCUCUUGGAGCACCUCUUAAAAGCAAAUCGUCUUCGGCAUCAAAGCCUCCAUUCUUCAUCUUAGCAGGAGACAGCACGACAGCAACCCAAUCCUCGAAUGGCGGUGGAUGGGGCGACGGCUUCUUAAACACAACCCUGUUCAACGGGGCAUCCGGCCACAACUAUGGCCACAACGGUGCAACGACAGUCAGCUUUCGGGCCGGUGGCGACUGGGCCAAUGUACUAGCUACAGUUGAAAGUGUCAGCGCGGACUAUCAUCCCUUCGUGACAAUUCAAUUCGGGCACAACGAUCAGAAGGUAGCGGCCAAUAUUUCAGUCUCGCAAUAUACGGAUAAUCUCGAGAAAUUUGUCGCAGAAGUUCGAGAUGUGGACGCUACGCCUAUUCUUGUGACGCCGCUUUCUCGUCGUAAUUAUGAUAACUCUACUGGUCAUCCGGCCAUUAUUGAGGACCUGGCGGAUCAGACUGCGGCGACUAUUACUGCGGCAGGGAGGAGUGGUACUGCAGUCAUUGAUCUCAACAAAGCGAGCACGGCGUAUCUUAAUGCAAUUGGCCCGGAGAAGGCCUGGAGUUAUAAUCUGAAUGCGGAUGAUCAUACUCAUCUCAAUGUUGAAGGGUCUGUUGUUUUUGGAGGAAUGGUUGCUGAGUUGAUUCAGCGGGAGUUUCCCGAAUUGAAGCGGGAAGGAUUCUUGAGGUAUAAUGAUAAAUGA